GUGCAGUGUAUUUCUAGAGCGAGCCCCUCCUCUCCUCAUUCUGGUCGCUGUAGGUUGAUGUCAUUGGCAGAGAGAGAGAGAGUCUUUAGGACAGGACACAACUAGGGAGAGCUGCUCGGGGAGACACUUCGGAUCAUCUGAGAGGAGGACAAGUGGGCGAUGUUGCAGAUCGGAUCUUGUUUAUGGACAUUGUGGAAAGGUCGUUGAUACAGUCCAGAAGGGUUGUAGGUAUUUUCAAGCUGAAAGAUUGAGGUAGCCUCAUCGCCGCAGUAUUUUUAGAUUACUUCUGAAAGGAAUACGAAAAUGUCGUCUCCAAGUCCGGGCAAGAGGCGAAUGGAUACCGACGUGGUGAAACUCAUUGAGAGUAAGCAUGAGGUCACCAUCCUCAGUGGACUGAACGAAUUUGUGGUCAAGUUCCACGGACCGCCUGGAACAUCGUACGAAGGAGGUGUCUGGAAGGUCCGAGUUGACCUACCAGAUAAAUAUCCCUUCAAAUCCCCUUCAAUAGGAUUCAUGAAUAAAAUCUUUCAUCCAAACAUUGAUGAAGCGUCAGGAACCGUGUGCUUAGAUGUCAUCAACCAGACAUGGACAGCUCUUUACGACCUCACCAACAUCUUUGAGUCGUUCCUCCCUCAGCUGCUCGCCUACCCCAAUCCCAUUGAUCCUCUGAACGGGGACGCAGCUGCCAUGUACCUGCACCGACCGGAGGACUAUAAACACAAGAUCAAAGAGUACAUCCAGAAGUACGCCACAGAGGAGGCUCUCAAGGAGCAGGAGGAGAGACGGGGCGACUCCUCUUCUGAGAGCUCCAUGUCGGACUUUUCGGAGGACGAGGCUCAGGACAUGGAGUUGUAGUGAAGGGGGCUCCUGUUCCCUUCAUCUCACAACAGACAGUCAUUUCCUAAAGAGCAGAAACUCAGUGCUAUAUUCAUAUUUAAACAAGAACAAUUUUUUUACAGCAACACAAGGAUUUUUAUUGCUACACAAGGAUUUGCAGUAUGAUAUUGCAGAAUAUUAACCCUUACUUAGGAAUUCAUGACCACCUGUCCUUUUUGCCCUCCUCUUUGCCCGAGAGCCUGUUUAGAUCAGAAAGGAGUGCAUCAUUCAUUUCCACGAUCUUUGGUGGCUUCACUCAAGGCUUUCACAAUGCAUGUCCAAACUGAGCAGUGAGACCAAUGCAGGAGGACGGAGGACUGACGUAACAUGCUCAAGUUUCUUUUCUUGUCUUUAUUAAACACUUUAUUGCUUCAUCGGGCAUCUCUCCGUCGCCGACAGAGGACUGCAGGAUGACCCUAACCCCUCGAUGUCUGAGCAGUGUCAACUGCUGAGGGCGUGGAUUCCCAUUUGUGUUUAAGUGUCCGUAAAUCUUUUUUACACCCAUCUCCCGAGGAGUUGCCAUUACAAUAAUCACGUCCAAUGAGCUGAAGACCGGAAGGCCACAGCGCGUAAACGUGUUCAUCGUGUAAAGACUGCUGUUGCUGCAGAUGGCCUCUCUGACAGGACUGCCCUCUGCAAACCUGCUGACAUAUCACACACACCAUCAAACAACCAAUGCAUCAAACCAUGACAACACCACAGCGUGUGCGUGCGUGCGUGCGUGUGUGCGCGUGUGUGCGUGUGUGUGUGUGUGUGUGUGUGUGUGUAUAAUCCAGGGAGAAUCAUGUGGUGUAUUGGAAACCUGUGUUGUAUCGACCCCUGAGCAGAAAUCACAAGAGAAGGCUCACAAUCCCAAUGCCUCUAUUCUCGAACACCCAUCUCCGCCUCCUCUCCGUUUUAGGAAAGUGUUUGUCAUUCUCUGAGUAUCUUUGUAUAUUAUGGCAUGACACAGAAGUAAAGUUGUGUAGCGCUUUGUGGAGCUGUAGAAAUGGGGAGGGCGCCUGUGUGCAGGGCCUCUGGGUGUGUUCGGUGGAGAUUAUCCAGGUUCUUGUUGAAUAAUUGAAUUUAUUAACUUUGCCUAUUGCUUGUGUUGAACUAUAAUAGGUGUUUGACUUGCGUAGGAAUAGUUAGUUGUUUUUCUUUGCGGGUGGUAAAUCCUAUCAUAAUGUAUUGUUUGAUACUUAUAUAACACAGUAGUUUCAAGACUAAUUGUCCUGUAAAGAUGAGGAGGAUUAAUACAUCUUUGUCUGUGGGAUGACUCUUCAAAAGACAUGUUGCACCUCGGCUCCCCCUGCACCCCCUUCUUAUGCAAAUGCAUCAAAGAUAAUUUACGCUGUAAAGACAGAAGUGCUCUUUGUUUCAGCCAUUCAACACUCUCAUUUACGUCUUUUCAUGCUGUUGAUGGCCUGUUUUCCAAAAUGGUGGGACCAACAUCUGAUGGAUCCACAGGCUUAGUUUCAGAUAUCCCCCAAACAAAUUGGAUUGGGGAUAAACAGUUUUCAGUUUAAGUGAGAAGAUAAAUUAAUAUUGUUCCUCUGUGUCAAACUCUACAGAGUUUUGGAUUAGUUCACACUUACAUUUCGGCACAUGUUUCUUCUUAAGAGGACAGUUUAGGCUUCAGUCCUGAUUUACCUUGUUUACCCUCUUGUUAAAUUUGAUGAUGGUACACUGGUAUGUGUUUUAAAGCAGUCUUGAAGCUUGAUACAUGUUUGUAACAUGCAUUCAUUGCAUUGCAGAUCACUUUGUAAUAUGUGUUAUUUCUGGAAGGGAACACGCAUCUGAAUUGUAUUUACACCAUUAAAAUGGACUAUUUCUACUUGUUUCGAGAGAAAUGGAUUAUAAUCAAAAAGUUAACUGAUAAUCCCUUUAUAUAUAUUUUAAAGUCAUAUCGGGAUCUCUUCCAUUGUUUCUUUCAAGAGGGUUUACCUUAAUUUGAGAAUUAUCAUAGGUUGGUAAAACUAGCAUGUCACAAUGUUGAACAGCCCAGUUGGUGUAGAUCUUAGUACUACAUGAUCCCACAGCCAAUCGUCAUUUGCAACAAAAAACAAACCACUGUCCAGCCUGGAUAAUCAGUGUAUUAUGCAUUUUUUUAUUAAUAAGACACAUAUAUUUGAUGCCUAUAAUGUGUUUGAAUGUUUUUAUUUUUGUCUUUUAAGCCCUAUCUCCAGGAAACAAGUCGAAAUAACCCUGUUUUUUUUUUUAAAAAGCAAAAAAAAAAUGGAUAAAUGUGCUUCCCUUGUAACUUGAAGAAAGAAAUAAACAACUACAAAAUA